AUGGAGCGCUCAAGCAAGAUGGAGUUCUUCCAGAAGUUGGGCUACAGCCCGGAGGAUGUGGUCAGGGUGCUGGGCAAAAUGGGUGAGGGCGCCCUGGUCAAUGACGUGCUGCAGGAGCUGAUCCAGACCGGCAGCCGCCCGGGGGCCCAUGAGGGCAGCGCGGCGCCCCUGCUCAUCCCCAGGGGCUCCUGCGCCACCCCAGACUCUGCCCUGCGCAGGCCGGCGGCAGAGCUGGAAGAGGAUUGCGGAGACCCAGCCAGUUCCUUGCGACCCAUAGUGAUCGACGGCAGCAACGUGGCAAUGAGCCAUGGAAAUAAAGAAGCCUUCUCGUGCCGGGGAAUCCAGCUGGCUGUGGACUGGUUCAGGGACAGAGGACACACCUACAUCAAAGUUUUUGUCCCCUCCUGGAGGAAAGACCCACCAAGAUCCGACACCCCUAUUAGAGAGCAACACGUGCUGGAGGUGCUGGAGAAGCAGGCAGUGCUCGUGUAUACCCCGUCCCGCAAGGUGAACGGCAAGCGGGUGGUCUGCUACGACGACCGCUACAUCGUGAAGGUGGCCUACGAGCUGGAUGGCGUCAUCGUCUCUAACGACAAUUACCGCGACCUUCAGAGCGAGAACCCCGAGUGGAAGUGGUUCAUCGAGCAGAGGCUGCUCAUGUUCUCGUUUGUCAACGAUCGGUUCAUGCCUCCUGAUGACCCCCUGGGCCGCCGGGGACCCACCCUGAGCAACUUCCUGAGCAGGAAGCCGAAGGCCCCGGAGCCCUCCUGGCAGCACUGCCCCUAUGGCAAGAAAUGCACCUACGGCAUCAAGUGCAAGUUCUACCACCCGGAGAGGCCGCAGCUGGCGCCGCUGGCGGUGGCCGACGAGCUUCGCGCGCAAACGCGGGCUUGGCGGGCCGUGGGAGGCGGAGCGGAGGAGCGGCGGCGCAGCGCGCGGGCGGCGGCCGGGGCGGAGCAGGGCGGCCCCCGGGGCGCUCCCGCCGCGGCCUGGCCGAGGGCCCCGGAGCCCGGCGCGCGCAACCCGCCCUCGGCGCGGCCGGCGGCUGACGUGGCGGCGCUCGCAGGUAGCUUAUCGCGGCUCGCCUUCAGCGACGACCCGGGGCUCCUCGGUCCGCCCCCUCCGGACGCCGGCCUCACGCCCCGGCCGUGCCGUCCCGACUGGGUGGCGCCGGGGGCCUCGCCGACCCCGGCAGCCCUGCGCGGCCUCCGGAGCCCCCAGGGCCCGUCCGGCCCGCCGGUCCGGCCGCGCGGGGGGCACGGCCCCGGGGCCCCGCACAGUGACCUGCUCCCCGAGCGCCGACGGCCCGCCGAUGCGCGCGCCCUCCCACCAGCGGCCGGCCGGUUCCCGGGCCGCUCGGCCUGGGCGGAACGCUGCUGGGGCGACGGCGCCUUCGGGGGACCUUCGGGGUCCCCGCCUCCCUCCGCUCCCGGCGAGGUGGACGCGCGCACGCGGGCGCGCAUCGCGCUCUGCAGCAUCUUCCCGCCCCACCAGGUGGACAGCGUCAUGGCCCUGUUCCCCGCGCUCUCCGACGUCACCAGGCUCAUCCUGCUCAUCCAGAAAUUCCAAAGGUCUGGUGCGCCUGUGGGAAAAUCCUAA